AUGAAGGUCCCAUAUGUUGCCAAUGAACUGCUUUGGUGGAUGGCCAUACAAAAUAUGGGAGAGACCACCCUGCUGGCACACAUCAUGGAGUUGAAUGUGCUGCAGGUCAAAAGAGGAGAGGUGAGAUGUAUGAUCCACACUGGCCCCAUGCCACAUAUCUGGUGGACAAGGGACCCUACCCAUCUGGAUGGGUAUGAUCAUUGGUCAUUGGAGGAAGUUUUGCAGGAGGCCAAGGAAUUCUUUGUUGGGGUUGAGGAAGGAACAGACAGUCUCCCACUGCUGUGUGACAUGGACCAGAUGCCAUCAGACAGCAUUGGCCAGUUGAUUGAAAGCUGUGAUGAGAUGAUCCAUCAGGAGGAGGAGAUUUGCUGGCUCCAUGGCUUGGACAAGUAUGGGACCAGCUUGAGGACUUCCAAGAUGAUCAGGGAGGAAUGGAUCAUCAGUUUCAUCAUUACUGUCCCCAUCAAAUGGGGCUAUACUUCUGGGCCUUUGCCUGGGGUUAACUUGCCAGUCAUUUCUGAUGAACUGGGCUGCUCCAUGUACUAG